AUGGGAGAAAACGAUAAAUCCAAAGAACAACAAGCAGAAUCUUAUAAUCGUGCACCAAUUGAAGCACCACCCCCACCAUAUUCAUUUUCACCACCUUCUCAACCGGGUUAUAAUAGACCUCCACCGCCACCUCAUUCUAGUUAUAACAAGCCUCCACAACCCCCACAUGGUUCCUAUCAUGAUGAUCCAAACUUCAAUCAACUGUCCCAAUACAAUCAGCCAGGAUACGGAAACGUAGGAUAUAAUGUACAACCAGGAUAUCCCCCUCCCCAACCAGGAUAUCCCCCCGCGCAACCGGGAUACGGAUAUCAACAACAACAACAACCAUAUUACAAUCCAGCCCAGGAUCCUAAUGUCUUAAAAAUCACGCCUGAUUUAGUAAAUAUCACCCAAGCACCACCUGAGCAUCUUAAUCCUCAAUAUCAGGAAUAUCUUAGACGUGACCCUGAACGAAUCAAGAAUGGCGAUUAUCCUAAUCAAUAUUAUAAACAUGGUGCUCCGUUGGAUAAGGGGCAUAAAAGUACGGGUGGGAGUAGUGGGGGGUUCCCUGGCCGUUCGGGGGCGACAUAUCAUGGGGUUGCGAAUAGGUAG